ACAGUUUUUUUCCAAGGCAAUGCAAACUGAAACCAUUCGACAACAACCCACCAAAUGGACGAUCCUUCACGACCAUCGUCGUCCUCUUCGUCCAGAAACGACACCAAAAUGGUGAAAACGACAGGCUUCUCUUUGCUAACCGACGACCUUCUCCACAAUAUUCUGGCGAGGCUUCCGGCGCCGUCGUUCGCGUCCGCGGCUUGCGUGAGCAAGUCGUGGAAUCGAGUCUCUUCUCAGGUCCUCUCUCGCCCCAAGCUCGCCUCCGCCCUCUCUCUCGAUCCUUCUCCUCAGGUUGCCGUGAGAGAGGUUAUCGAUAAGGUCCUGACGGAUCCAAUACGCCCUGAUUUCGCCAUUGCCAGUGUUGGAAGUGGAUUUCGCUUGUAUGACAUUUUCAAGCUUAUAUCGAAGAAAUUGGGGACUAAAACGCCGAUAAUUAUAUCAACUGCUAAUGGAAUAAUUGGAAGAGAUGCUCUUACUGACGAGCUUAAAGAGGUCAAGUGGACUAGUUUUAGUGGAGAUCUAAGUGAUGAUGAUGGGUCAAUAACUUCAGAAGAUGAGAAUUUUGGCAUCGUUUUGACCGUUGGGUUUGUGCCAGGACUAAAAGUUGAUGUUAUUCCAUUGUUACGAUCCACAAAGGUUGACGUGUUAAGGAAUGCUGACACUAGUGAAAUCUUUUAUGUUGCCCAGGAGCCUCGAGAUGCAUUAGUUGAGAAGUUUGUAAUGGACAUAAGGGAUUACACUGACUCUGUUUCGGGUUGUAAAUCCCCGGUUGGGAUUAUACUCUUUGGGAUGGCACAGGAAGGGCUUGUUAACAUGAAACCAAUUCUUAACAUUUUGGAUUAUGCUAUGCCUGAGGAGACAGUUAUUGUGGGUGAUGAGAGAGGUCGGUUUUUGUAUAAGACUGCGAAUAAGUCAAGAAAUUUCUGUGGAAGUGCAAAAUUCUUUACUGACGCUGUUGCUCUUACAUUUGCAAGGGAUAGAAACAACACUCAUGGCAUUGGUAAUAUUCGAUUCCAUGUUGCAUUGUCAAAUGGAGUAUCAGCAAUUGGUCCGACAUACAGGGCAGCAUCUGUUAGAGUGAAUUGUUCUGAUCAUUCUACGUGGCUCACUGCUAAAAUAGAAGGACAACGGGCUAUUCUUGAUGGUCAACGUAUUAUGAAUGAUAUCAAUGUCGCGUUAGAAGAUCAUGUCGAUUCUUCUGAUUUGUACAUUGGAGUUACAAAAAGGCAAAAUUGCUCCAUUGGAUCAGAGAGGCCUAGAUCAAUAACUUCCUUGUCAUUCUAUGGAGUUGUUGGGGGAGAUGAUGAAUAUCUUUAUGUAAAUGGCCUUGGCAUCAGAACUGGCGAUCGCUUUCAAUUCUACCGUUCAGAUCCUGAUACUGCAUUGAACUCAAUUGGUCGUGUUUCUUUGGACCUCAAAAACUUUAAGUUCAAUGAAAGUAGGAAGAACAUCAGUCAUGAAGUUUUUGGAGGUUUCAUCUUCUCGUGUUAUGGCCGUGGUGACACAUUCUUCACGCGAGAGGAUGUCGAUAGUUCCCCAUUUGUGAAGAACUUUCCUGGGGUCCCAUUUGCAGGAAUAUUUUGUGGAGGGGAAAUUGGGCGUAGCUCUUCAAGUUUGACAGAGGAAGGUCACAAGGAAAAUGUUCCCAGCUGCUGUCUGCAUGUCUAUAGCACUGUUUAUCUAGUGAUGUCAUAUACUUCACCACCACUUGGGUAUUAGAUUUGCUCACGCUCUCUAAGAUGAAUGGGACGUCCUCUUUUGCUUCUCAUUCUCCCAUGGCGGGUUUUGAGUUGCUUUGAAGAUGCCAAGGACUCCGUUGCCUUUGUCUUCCAUUUCCGCAUAGAAGAAGACGGACCGAGGAUACGCCAGGUCAAAGUAGCGCUAGCCCUUGGCUGAACCUUUUGUAUUGGAUGUUUCUGAAUUGAAUGUACUGCUUAGACAUGAUGUUUAGAAUUUGAACAUAUGUACAAUAAGUAUAUAUGUAGAAUUUAGAAUAUCUAAUAAACUUGGUUGCUGUUAUUCAACUCUGACCUGUUUGUAAGGUUUCCAGGGCAAAACCGUUAAAGAGGUUCGUGUAGCAUAUAUGAAAAGAUUGUGUUUAAGAA